GGAGAAGUAGCUUCAAACUUAUCAGCUGGUCAAUAGAUCUAGACAUAAUUCUGAACAACGGGGAUAUAUUUUGUUUAACAAUACAGUUGCCAGUCAUUUCGAUAGAAGAGAUACCACACACAAGACAACAUUGGCCUAGAUCUUUCUAUUGAACCCAUAGCAGUCACCGAAAGAGAAAUAAAUGAACAUGUCCAAAGAUUUCAAAGAUAAAGUGGUUGUUAUUACCGGUGCCAGCUCCGGCAUCGGAGAGUGCACCGCCAUCUUGUUUGCUCAGCACGGCGCUAAUGUUGUUCUGUGUGGGAGAGAUGAACGAAGACUGUCGUCUGCUUUGCAAAAGUGUCUAGAAAAAAGUGGCGGGAACUCUGACAAGUUUUUAAUUAUACAAGGAGAUCUGAGUGAUGCAAGUGUCAGACAAAAGAUUAUUCAGCAAACCGUGGAUAAGUUUGGCCGCUUAGAUAUACUGGUACCCAAUGCAGGCAUCAUACUGGAAGAAUCCAGCAUCGCACGGGCCACGGAGGACGCCUUUGAUCAGAUCAUGAAUGUAAAUGUGAAAGCCGUGUUUUUCUUGAUUAAAGAAGCGAUUCCCCACCUGGAGAAAACAAAAGGCUGCAUUGUGAAUGUCUCGUCCACAGGCAGCACACUGGUCUAUCCUGACGAGAUCAUUUACAGCAUGUCUAAGGCAGCCGUAGAUCACAUGACUAGAACAUUUGCUCUGGGUCUGGCCCCGAAAGGGAUUCGAGUGAAUGCUAUCAACCCCACACUUGUCAAGACCAAUGUCUACAGGAGCUACAACGCAGAGGGCGUGGCGACGUUUAUGGAGGACUACGGGCGCCUGCACCCUCUGCACGGCAGGAACAGCACCUGCGAGGAGCAAGCCAACGUCAUCUUGUUCCUGGCCAGCUCUGACGCAAACUUUGUAACCGGGGAAUGUAUCAAAGUGGAUGGAGGUAUCACACUCAGAGGAGCGUCCAACUGAGACAGAGCUUGUUAACCCUUUAAGAUUUGAGGACCACCGAUGACACAGUCUGUGUUGAAUCUCCACUAAACACAGAGUCGUUGUCUAUUUGUGUAGUGACCAUACGGUCUUAUAUAUUCUACAUAUGCAGAAUUGAUACCAUAGCUAGCACUGUGAGUUCUGUCUUUAAGUCUAUAACAUUGAAGAUAACUUGAAAACUUAUAGUCAGAUUUCUUAUUGAAACUAUUAAAACUCAUUGUUUUCAUAUGAAAAGCAUAGCAUUUGUUAUAAUCUAGAUCUAGACUUAGAUCAAGACUUAGAUCUAGAAAUAGACUUAGAUCUAACUCUAAAUCUAGACUUAUUAGAUCUAUUUCUAGACAUAAGCUUAGAUCUUGAGUCUAGAUUUAGAUCUAAAACUAUGUCUAGUUUGUAUGACAAUGCCAAUGGAGAUGUUAAUUUUUAUUUGCAAGGGGAAAGUCUUGUAGUCAUUUGUACACAAUUGUAGCUUAACGUAGGUCAAGUAUUAUUUUUUUUCGUGUUGCCAAUUUAUCCAAUAUUGUUAGAAGAAUAAAUCUUUUUUAGUUUCUCUUUA